GGGUGGCAUGCCACGAACGAGUGGACCCAGUCUGGAUUGAGCUGGGAAUGUCGCAAGGAGGCGGGCUUCCGCAAGGCGUGCGCACGGCCAACGUGUGCGUUGUCGACUACGCCACUUUGGCUGAAGGCGCAGACUGUGGCGCGGUCAUUGAAGCCGCCUUUGGACCUGACGGCCUCGGUAUUCUCGCGGUGUCCAACGUCCCUGACGUCGAGAACCGGCGGUCUCGAUGUUUGCCGUUGGCGUACAAGGUAGCCAACCUUCCGAACGACGUCAAGCAAAAGUACGAGCUCCCCGAUGCGUACUAUAGCUUUGGAUGGAGCCACGGCAAGGAGAGUUUGCAAGGUAAACCCGACUUUUCCAAAGGGUCGUUCUACAACAACCCUCGCACGAACCGGCCCACAGAUGACGAGAACUUGAUGGCAACGUUCCCCACCAUGUACCACCUCAACAUUUGGCCCUCUGAUGAAAUCCCGGACCUCGAACCUUCGUUCAUGUCGCUCGGUCAAUUGAUAAUCGAUACCGGUCUCUUGGUUGCCAAGCAAUGCGACGUUUACGUUCAAUCCAAGUGCCCCACGUAUGAAGUGGGCAAACUCCACCGUCGCAUGGCUUCCAGCCGAGUUCCAUGCGGUCGGCUCCUGCACUACUUUGCGUUAGACGAAAAGGUCACCGCUCCGUUGACUUCAGGCGAGAUCACGGAGGGCGACUUCUCCAACUGGUGUGGAUGGCACAACGACCACAGCGCUCUGACAGGGCUCGUGCAGGCCCUCUACACAGACGUGAAUGGCAACGCCAUCGACAACCCUGAUCCUGCCGCUGGAUUGUACAUCAAGACUCGCCGUGGAGAUAUCGUCAAAGCUGUCAUUCCCGCCGGUCAUUUGGUGUUUCAGAUCGGGGAAUCGUCGCAAAUUUUGACGGGUGGCAUCUUGAAAGCGACGCCACAUGCUGUCCGGGGACCUCAAGUCCCCGGCGUGAAUCGGGAGACUCUCGCCGUGUUUAUGAGCGUCGAGCACGACGAACCCAUGUGUGUGCCGGCCACAAUGAACCCGCAAGAAGCUGGCCAAACAACGCACUUGCCAGAGGGCGUGCCGUCAUUGCAUUCUCGAUGGAACAAUUCGAUGCUGUUUCACGAGUUUACUGCCCACACGCACAAAGCGUACUACGACAUGCAGCACACUCGGAAACCUUAGCGGGUCACAAAUUUGCGCAGCUUAAGAUGUUUAGAGAAGCUCAUACCUCGUACACCUCCACAAUGCAUUUGACAGCACUUUGCCACGUGGGGGAGUUGCUCCAAUUGAACUGGAACCAACCUCAUUUCCGCAACGCUCAUGUAGGUGUAACUAGCGCAAUUUUCAUAGUGCAUCGUCA